CGCGUCCCCUCGAAUCGCGUCCAUGUGAAGGAUACGCCGCACUCUCGUCCUUUGUCAAGUGUCCCGUGUGUUGUGCUAUAUUCUGCGAAACGGAAUCGGAGAAGAUAAAAGCAAAAAGCCUCAAAAUGCCGAGCCAUCUAGUUGCCAGCUGCCUUUUGCUGGCUUUGGGCCUGAACGUGAGCCUGGGGGCCAUCCACAAGCGCAGUGGCGCCAAUUCGCUGGGAGGGGAUCCUAAUCCGCAUUCCAGCGCCGAGGGCAGGCCGGUGGCAAGUCCUGCGGCCAGUGUGGAGAACACGGACCUGCUGGACAAGCUGAGCUGGAAGUGCGCCAACAACGCGAGUUGUCUGUACGGCGUGGCCAACGGCAUUAUGGCCUCCUACCGGCGCGGCGAGACCCUUAAGCUGGGGCUCUUCGACCUGGUCAAGUUACCCGAACUGGAUGCCUCCCGCAAACACAAGUGGGGCUCUGGGCGCGGCCUCUCCAGCUUCAUGGACUUUGUCACGGGGAACGCCAUUAGAGUGCCUGUGGGCCCCAUGGUCUUCAGCGUUCAGCGGGCCGAGGAUGACAGCGAAUACAUCGAGGUGGCGCUGCUGAAGAAGGCCUCCAGCGGAACAGGCCGCCUGCAGGGCAAUGGAGGAGGAGGACUCCUGGGCGGAGGAGGUGGUGGCCUGGGAGGAAACGGGGGAGGCGGCCUACUCGGCGGCGGAGGCGGUGACAACGGGGGAGGCGGACUCCUUGGCGGACGGAGGCGCCACCAGCACCAGGACAAGAAGCAGUUCCAGAUGUUCAUACCCAUGUACCUGGCGGCCACGACAUUCGGCUGGACGAUGGUGGCCGCCAAGGCGGUGGGACUGCUCACCCUCAAGGCACUGAUCCUGUCCAAAAUCGCCUUCGUGGUGGCCGCCAUCGUGCUGAUCAAGAAGCUCAUGGACAACGCCAGCGAAAAGAUGAUGUACCAGUUCCCUGAGCAGACCCCCUACAUGAUGCCCUAUGGCAUGGAUUACCCGCUGCACGGGGCAGAGAUGUCGCCGGAAAUGUACCCGGCCUCGCUGCACCACCUGGCGAUGGCAGGAGGCGGCCAGUUGCCGGGGCACCCUGGACACCCGGGACUGGAGAGCCUGAGCGCCGAGAGCCACCUGCACUCCGCCCAGGUGGCCAGCGACGGCAGCAACAACACACAGGUGCUGGCCGCCCUGGGCGGACUGGGGGGCCUGGGGCACAAGAUCAAGCGUGAGGACUCCUGGAUGGCGAAGAGUAAGUCCAGCCCCGCCCGGCGACCUCUGAUCUACAACUACGUGCAGCCCCACAUGCCGUACUACCGCUCCUAAGGCGGCGAUUAGCCAAUUAGCAGCUACCAAAGACCCCGUGGGAAGGAGGAGGUUGCUCUGCUGCCAUAAGGACCCGAGUAUCGGACCCGGACGACGGACACUCUGCAUCGGAAUAGCAGCCUAGCGAGCUAACGUACUGUUAUUAUUUAUUGCUUAUUAUUUAUUGAAUCGUUUUUAACUAGUGAAACCUGGC